AUGGCAACAAAGGGAAGCAGAGGUAGUGAUGCUAAUGCUAUUCCACCACCCCCUACAGGUAGUGAUGCUAAUGCUAUUCUACCUCCCCCUACAGGUAGUGAUGCUAAUGCUACUCCACCUCCACCCACAGCUAGUGAUGCUAAUGCUUCUCCUGACGAUGCUCCAACUGAUAUGGACUCAGAGUUUGUCUGCAAAGACUUCUAUCCAUCCGAGUAUAGCUCUGAAGAAGAUAGAAUUAGAAGGUCCGUCCCUGUACUGGCCAUAUGGAGGCAGCAGGCUGUGGGCCUGCAGCAGAAAGUGAUAAGCGGUGAUUAUCCACACCUGACGCCAGGCGUGGUGUCUCCUCUAAAUGUCGUGCUGCUGGGGAAAACUGGUUCUGGAAAGAGUGCCUCAGGAAACACCAUCCUGGGGAGGGAAGCUUUUACAGUGGAUUACUCAUUUGAAUCUGUGACUGAAACAUGCAGUAAUCAACAUACUUUAGUGAACGGUAGAGAAAUUACAGUGAUUGAUACACCAGGAUUAUUUGCUAUAGGACAGCCUCUAGAAGAGCUGAAACGUGAGAUAGUGAAGUGUGUUGAGAUGUCUCUCCCUGGGCCUCAUGCCUUCCUGCUGGUGAUUAGAUUAGGUGUCAGGUUCACAGAGGAGGAGAGGAAUGCUGUUCAGUGGAUCCAGGAGAACUUUGGUGAGGGGGCGCUGAGGUACACUAUAGUGCUCUUCACUCAUGGGGAUGUGCUGGAGGGGACAGUGGAGGAUUUUCUGUGCAGAAGUGCUGCUCUCUCAUCACUUAUUGAACAUUUUGGGGGUAGAUAUCACGUCUUCAACAAUAGGAGUGAAGGCAGGACUCAAGUCAGAGAGCUAAAGGAUAAAAUUGAGGCCAUGGUGGAGGAGAAUGGGGGAGCAAACUACACCAAUGAGAUGUACCAGGAGGCACAGAGAAAAAUAAGAGAAAAACAGUUGUUAGGAUAUCACAUCUUCAACAAUAAGAGUAAAAACAGCACCCGGGUCAGAGAGCUAAAGGAGAAAAUUGAGGCCAUGGAGAAGGAGAAUGGGGGAGCAAACUACACCAAUGAGAUGUACAAGGAGAGGUAG